AUGAGUUUACGUGGCAUCAAGUUAGUAACAUUUGAUGUUACGAACACUCUACUGCAGUUCAAGGUGCCUGCUUGGCAGUAUUACGCCAUAGUCGCCCAGGACUACGGGUUCAAAGGUAAUGAAGAACAAGUCAAAGCUAAGUUUAUAAAAAGUUUCCAGAUUAUGCGGGAAAAACAUCCCAACUUUGGAAGAAAAAGCAUAGAAUGGGAGGAGUGGUGGACUCAAGUAGUUAGCAUGACGCUGAAAGACUAUCUUCCACGUGAGACGAAUGUGAACACCGUUGCUCGGCAGCUCAUUGAAGAAUUUAAAACACAAAAAUGUUGGCAGUGCGCCUCUGGAGGGGAAAAACUAUUACAACACUUCAAAAAACUUGGAAUACGUGUGGGAGUCAUAUCAAAUUUUGAUCCUCGUCUUAAUGAUAUACUGAGCAAUGUUUGCUUAAAGAAACAUUUAGAUUUUGUUGUAACAUCUUAUGAGAUUGGAUACAGCAAACCUGAUAAGAGGAUAUUCAAGAGUGCUAUUGAAAAGUGCAAGGUGCCAAUAACACCAUCAGAAGCACUUCACAUAGGAGAUGAUAUUGUGAAAGACUAUCAAGGGGCUCGAGCUGCUGGCUGGCAUGCUCUCCUGGUCAACCCUGACCUGGAGGAUGAAGCACCCGAGCCACAGCAGGAACAUGUGUUCAAGAGUUUGGAAGAAUUGAGCACUGCUGUAGGGGAGAUGAACUUGAAACUGUGA